AUGGACAUCGACGAGAAGGUGUCGGGGCCGGGGGGUGCCUCGCAGAAGAACUGGACGCAUUUGAACACCAGCAAUGAGUUACCGCUGGAGAUGCGCUUCAACCACGGGCACAUGGUGUCGAUAACGGUGUACACAGUACUGAUGAUAGUCUCGGCUACAGGCAACCUGACGGUGCUAACGCAGCUUCUAAAGAGGAGAAGGGCGGCCCGCGCUAGCAGAUUGGACGUGCUGUUAAUGCAUUUGGCUGUGGCAGAUCUAAUGGUAACUUUCCUGAUGAUGCCGCUGGAGAUCGCGUGGGCCGGUACGGUGCAGUGGCUGGCGGGGGACUUCAUGUGCCGCCUUAUGAUGUUCACGAGAACCUUUGGUCUCUACCUCUCAAGUUUCGUUCUUAUAUGUAUCGCUAUUGACAGAUAUUACGCAAUUCUGAAACCACUGAACGUGACCUGGGAGGCGCGAGUGAGGAAGGUGCUGAUCGUGGCUUGGGUUUGCGCCGGCUUCGCUAGCUUGCCGCAGAGCUUCAUAUUUCACUUGGAAGAGCAUCCAGAGGUUAAAGGAUACUACCAAUGCGUUUCGUACGGCUCCCUACCGACGGAGACCCACGAGUUCGCCUACUUCCUCGUGAACAUGACGCUGAUGUACGUAGCGCCACUUGUUUCAACGUUGUAUUGCUCGUCCGCCGCCCUCGCCGAAAUUAUUCGCAGAGCCAACACCUCCAAUGACAAAAUGCGUCGCAGCGGUGUCGGCAUACUCGGUAGAGCCAGAGCUAGAACUCUGAAGAUGACCGUUACCAUAGUCUUAGUGUUCUUCGCAUGCUGGUCACCGUACUACUGUUACUGUCUGUGGUACUGGAUAGACAAAGAGUCCGUUAGAAGUUUGGACCCGGCCUUCCAGAAAGCCAUGUGGCUGUUCUCUUGUACGAAUUCUUGUGCCAAUCCCAUUGUUUACGGCGUUUUCAACAGGAACCGCUGGCAUACGGGGCCGAAUGCUAGGUAUCGUAACGGAAGUACGAGAAGAGGCUCGCGGUUCCCAUACGGCGACUCUAUGGAAAUAUCGGCGGCGACCCUAGCAAGAGCGCGGAGCUCCAUACACAGCGAGCGAAACUGCCGCAGAGAUUCGUCGUUCAACAGCAAAAAUGGGACCCAAAAGCAACUUAACCACAACAACAACCUUGUUGGCAACGGCGUUGUU